UGGUUAACAGACAGGAAGAAGAGAGAUCUCCAGAAGAAAGAUGCAGACAUCCAAAGAAGAAUACAGCUCAUUCAGGACUUUGAGAUGCCGGCAGUCAGUAACUGUAUCAGGAGCUCCAGGGAUGGACAGUACCUCAUGGUUACAGGAACCUACAAACCCAGAGUGAGGUGCUAUGAGGUUGCUCAGAUGUCCAUGAAAUUUGAGAGAGGCCUGGAUGCAGAAGUGGUCACUUUUGACAUUUUGUCAGAAGACUAUUCAAAGGUAGUGUUCCUCCACUGUGACAGAUAUGUGGAGUUCCAUGCUCAGUACGGCAGGUAUUACAGGACCAGGAUACCCAAAGUUGGGAGAGAUUUCUCCUUCCACUCACCUUCAUGUGACCUCUACUUUGUUGGAGCAAGUCGUGAAGUGUACAGACUCAACCUGGAGCAGGGCAGGUUUCUCAACCCUCUAGUCACUAAUUCUGUAGAGAGUAAUGUAUGUGACAUCAACCCAGUACAUCAUCUGUUUGCCUGUGGAACAGUAGAGGGUAGAAUAGAGUGUUGGGACCCUCGAGUCAGGAGUCGAGUAGGGGAACUGGACUGUGCCUUAAGUAGCAUCACAGAGGACACUAUGGUUGAAGGUCUGCCGGCUAUCUCAGCCUUGAAGUUCAAAGACGGCCUGACGAUGGCAGUGGGCACCAGCACAGGACAGAUCUUGCUGUAUGACAUCCGGUCCAGCCGCCCUGUCCUGGUGAAAGACCACCACUACGGCCUGCCCAUCAACUCUAUAGAGUUCAACGACCCUCAGGACCUGGUCCUGUCCACCGAUAGCAAGAUCCUGAAGAUCUGGAACAAGCACACGGGUAAAGCCUACACCUCCAUCGAGCCUGAGAGUGAGAUUAACCAGCUGCAUGUGUGGCCGGAUUCAGGACUACUCUUCAUGGCCAACGAAGCACCAAAAGUCCUGACGUACUUUAUACCUUCCCUGGGCCCAGCCCCCAGAUGGUGCUCCUUCAUGGAUAACUUAACAGAAGAGUUGGAGGAGAUGGAGUCUGCCACAGUGUAUGACGACUACAAGUUUGUCACAGAUACAGACCUGGAGAACUUAGGAUUGUCUCACCUGAUUGGCUCCCCGCUCCUCCGUGCGUACAUGCACGGUUACUUCAUGGACAUACGUCUGUACCAGAAGGCCAAAACCAUCGCCGAGCCGUUCGCUUAUGAAGAGUACAGGCGGAACAAGAUCCGACAGAAGAUAGAAGAGACAAGAGAUAGCAGAGUCAAAAUUAAUAAGUUACCCAAAGUUAAUCGUGACCUCGCUCAAAGGCUUAUGGAAGAAGAGGACAGCAAUGAGGGAGGCAAGAAAAAGAAGGCAAAGGAAGCGUCCAGCCUUCUGCAGGAUGACCGUUUCUCGGCGCUGUUCUCUAAUCCAGAGUUCCAGGUGGACACGCAGACGGAGGAGUUCAGGCUGCUGAACCCGGUCGUCAAGCAGAAGAGCAAGAAGAAGAGAGAGAAGAGAGAAAAACUGGAGGACCAGUUCCAGGAAGUACAGGAGGAUGAGGAGGAACAGGAGGAGGUGGAGGGGCGGGGCAGUGAUGAUGACAGCAGCUCCUCAGAAGAUGACCGUGACCUUGUGGAGGAGUUAAGGAGGCAACAUCGGGACAUCAGGAGGGAGAGGGCACUCCAGCACAGGGCUGAUAGGGAGAGGGAUGCUGUUACAAAUCUGACUCCAAAGUUCUAUGAGCUGAAGACAGGGGAGGAGUUUAUGAAGGAUGGGGACCAGAAGAAACACAGUAGGAGGAAGAUGAAGGCCAGUCUCGGGGAGCGGGUCCAACUUCAGGAGGAGUCCGACAAGAUGCUGAGGCUCAGCGGACAGGCUGUGGGGUCUAAGGAACUGACCUUUAACCUGAGAAAGGUGGAGAAACCGCGGGAAACGCAGCGCAAACUGGACGAGGCCCAGCACAGGUUAGAGAGGAAAGAGGUGCGGAGGUCUGCCGGACAGUACCUCAAGAAACCCAGGACAAAACCUGGGACCUUCUGGAAGGGCAAGAAGAAAAAAUAAGUCACUUCCCCAUGUUACAUGUAUAUUGUGAUAAAUGAUAUCUUGUAAUAAUAUAAACAUUACGCUUCCUUACUGUAUACCGUAGAUAGCAAAAUCAUAAUUGCUAUUUGCUUAUUCAAAAAGUGCUUUUUAUAUUCAUUUGAUUUUUUUUCUUAGAAUCUAUUCAUAACUGAAUCAUGGCAUUUUUCUGUUCUGGAUCCCUUAGAAUUAAAAUGAAAAUGAUUUUAUUUUGGAGAAGUGAAAUUGGAUUUUAAGCAUUAGACAGUUCUUAAGAGAACUGUUGGUAAAACAUUCUACCUGCAGUUGCAGUUACAGGUACAUGUACAAUGUGACAUGUUUUACAAUGAUUAUCCAAAAAUGACUGCCAGAAAACUGUGAUAUGGUGUUAUGUCUCUUUUUUCUUGGUCUUGGGUUUCAAAGUUUUGUUGCAAUUCCCAGACAAUAGUGCCUAUGUAGUGUUAGAUUAUUUGGGUUUAUUUGGAAUAAUGUUGCAGUCUAGUAGGAUGGCCUUCCCUUCCAUAUACAUGUACAUGUAUACACACUUGAACAUGCACAGUCACAAGUGAAAAAAAAUAACCAUAACAUGUCAAUGCUUUAAGCCUUUAACUACCUAGUCU